UGCUAAUAUAUUCUUCUUCUUCUCCCUGAAAAUUCGGUGGUUUAAACCCGUAGCGGUAUUCCGGCGACUUGUUCUGUAAAACCUUGCUGGAGAUGAUGGUCGAGAACGAAAGGAAUAGGGAUCCUCCAUCUUCGAUAGAAGUUUUGAAUCUGGUCGCUCACCGGUUUUCAUGGUUGAUUUGUACGUAGACAUGUCCGGCGAAGACGAAUCCGAUAAUAAAUGCCGGCACGCUCGACGCCGGAGGAUCGAGAUAAGAAGGAAUGUGAACUUUGCUGGCGAGGCUUCGCAGUCAGUGGCGAGCCCCCAUCGGGCGGGAAAGAGGUUAUACACUAAUGAAAUGGAUGUUUCAGGUGUUGAAAAGAGAAGCCCGACCGCGAACACAAACUCGCACUCCCGGGCGCCUACGGGUUUUUCCUUCGUUGAGUCAUCCCAGUUCUCUGCAUCUUCUUCCGUGGAUGACGUUGAAUCGCCAGUUGUCGGGUCAUCUUCCGGCCGGAAGCUGGAAAUGAAUACCCCUAUUGCCUUCGGUUCUGUUUCACUAACUGGUCGUGCGCGGGAAAUGGAGGACGCUGUUUCUGUCCGCCCAGGAUUCUUCCAGUUCCUGGACGGCAGCUUUCCCCUACAUUUUUUCGGUGUCUUCGAUGGUCAUGGCGGCUCGCAUGUUUCGGCUCUGUGCAAGGAGAGGAUGCACUCUCUUCUUUCAGAAGAGCUAAUGAGAGCGCCUGAGCAUGAUAAACCUGCCGAUACAGAAGAGACUAGGUGGAGAUCGGCGGUGGAGCGGUGCUUCGUGCGAAUGGAUCAACUUGCGCUUUCAGCGUGCGCGUGCGGGCGGGUGGGUGAACCACUUUGCCGUUGUGAUCGCUCCGGGAUCGAGUCUGAGAUAGUUGGCUCAACAGCCGUGAUCGCUGUGAUCGGCGGC